AUCUGCUGUCUUCCCUGCGGCCACAUAUACGGCAUGUCUUGCAUAACAAAAUGGCUACAGCGUAGAAAUUCGAGAAAGUGUCCUCAAUGCAACCAGAAAUGCAAGUUGAAGGAUGUUAGGAAACUUUUCGUAUCACAGGUUCUUUCUGUUGAUGAAGAAUCACAGAAGAGGAUUCGGGUACUUGAGGAUAAGUGUGCUUCUCUUGAGGAGAAGGUUGCUGAUCUUUCUAAGAAAGAAGCUGAAUGGCUAAAGCGAGAGGGUGAACUGCAGCAAAAAGUUCAACAGUGUACAGAGCCAUCGAUGGACUCUGCUAAGAUUAUGCAGUCAAUCACAGCUCAGUGCAAUGACAUACUGAAGUGUUUGGAUGAGCAUUUUACUGGAUUAGCGCACCGAAUUGAUGGAAUGGGAGCGAAUUUGGAGCACAGAAUUGAUGGUAUUGAAGCAACUUUGGAGCGAUUGGAGCACCAAAGUCCAGAGGAUGAUGAUCCUCACACUUGAGUUGAUUUUGUUCUCUGGAUAUUUAGCUUAGGGCUUCUUAUCGCUUGUAGUGACUGUAGACUCUAUGGUAGUUUGUCAUUUUGGAUCUUGGGUUUGUAUUUUGAGAGAUAUUGCUACUCUUCUGAUGAAUUUGGUACUCCUUGAUCUUGUGAAUUAGGCUCAUGCUUAUGUUGGUUUAUCUUUGUGGAUGUUUUGAAUGACAACUUCGUUGUUCUGUUAA